AUGGCGGUCGGAACUCAUGCUAUGAAGCAAAAUGGCUCAUCAAAUUCUACUAAUAGAACUGUACUUCGGUUCCCGCGUCGUGUGAAACCCGAUCUAUGCCGUUUAGCGACUUUUCGACAAUGGAAAACCAACACUCAAUGCAACGUUUCUCCAGCCGUACUUGCCAAAGUUGGAUUUUCAUAUACAGGAAAAGGUGAUAAAGUACGGUGUGACGCGUGUGGACUUGAAAUUGAUAACUGGAAACCAGGGAUGGAUCCCAAACAAGAACAUAUGAGGCUACAGCCUGGAUGUCAAUUUGUUCUUGAUCAACAUGAAAUAUUUUCAAAAAAUGAUCAAUUGGGAUCACUCCUGAAGUCAACAAUUACACGUACUGAUGUUGUCAACUCGGAUCUGCGAGGCUAUAUGGAUCAUGGUGGUGGUGCUGGUAAUACAAACAAUAAGGGUACUGAAAAUCCAUUCAUUUUUUCGUUAUCGACUGAAACAAUGGACAGAGCUCGAACGUAUACAUUAUCGAAUUGGCCCUCGAUAACACCAAGUGCUCAAGAAAUGACAUAUGCAGGUUGGUGGUAUACUAAUAUAGCAGACCGAGUAAUUUGUAUUCAUUGUGACACAAUGUUUCACAAUUGGAAUGACACCGAUAGACCGUAUGAGGUUCAUCGUCUCAAAUCUCCUCAGUGUUUUUUUGUUCGUUCAAAUGAACAGAAAGCAACCAAUAAUCAAAGACAAUUACCUGUACCGAUUCCAGCGACGAAUGCUGUACCCAAUGGUCAAACUAUUGUUGGAGCCGUACAUGCUGAGUAUGCAGCAGUUUUUCGUCGACAUCAGACAUUUCACAACUGGCCAGAAGCACAGCAAGCAUCACUACCAUCGAUUGAAACUUUCGUUGAUGCUGGAUUUUUUUACACAGGUGAUAGCACUGUCGUUAGAUGCUUUUAUUGUAAUGGUGCAUUACGAAAUUGGCAAGCUUCGGAUGAUCCGAAGAUUGAGCAUGCUCGUUGGUUUCCACAAUGUGCAUAUAUUCGGCAGUUUAUCGGUGAAAAUCUUUACCAAGCUAUACAACGUAAAAAUCGUGAAUUACGGACACAACAAAAUUUACAAGAGAGUAAUAAUGGUGAAAGUUCACAAUAUACUCCAUGGACGAAUGAUGAAAUUGAUCGAAUGGUUAAAGCUCGUCUUGAUUUACCAGUUGUUGAAAAACUUCGACAAGAAGGUUAUAGUAUGGCAAUCAUUCGCAAAGUUUAUGAAAUGCAACUUCGUUUUAAAAAGGAUGAUUUUAAAAGUGAUGUUGACCUUCGUGUCGCAUGUCUUAUUCUUGACAAACAAGUUAAAUUAAUCAAUGGUAACGAGUCUAAUAUACUUAUUCCACAAAUUUGGAUGAAAAAAUAUAUUGAGGAACAAGCACGAAGUAUGAUACCACGACAGAGUGAUACUGCACAGACACCCCCAGUUGAAAAAGUUGAACCGCCGAAAAUUAUUACAACCGUUACACAACGCCCAAGAUUAAUGCCAAAGACAGAAGAACCAACUCUCUGUCUUCUGUGUCUGAAUACGGAACGUCAAGUUGCAUGUCUACCGUGUGGUCAUUUAACCAGUUGUGUAGCAUGCGGUCACAGUUUGAAGACAUGUCCGAUUUGUCGAGCAGCGCAAAGUGAAUCAACAAAUUGUGACAUACCAACACAUGUAUGCUGUGAAGAACAUCGACGGCAACUAUUAAAAUUUGCUGAUUUAUCACAAUUAUUACCAAAUAUUGAUAUGACAAAUUUAGCAUUCUAUUUUGCUCGACAGUGUCAAAAUAAUAAAAAAGCAGCUCGUACUGCACGACGUUUGACAGCUAUCUCACAACGUUCAUCAACAACUGAAGAAAAAAGUACUUCACCAUUUCAUAUUGUUGAUCGUUUACUUGCAGCACCAACAGGAAUCUAUGGUACUGAAUUAAAUUCUCGCCCAUUUCAUGAAAUAUGUUCAAGAAAAGAAUUAAUUUUAUCUUUUGAACGUUAUAUUAAAGCACUAACACUUGAAGAUUAUAAUGUUAUACCAUAUGCAUUUGAUGUACAAUUAAAAUAUCGUUCAUUAUCAUUUCUUUCUAAACAACAAAUUUAUAAUCGUCUUAUGUCUAUGACACGUAUUAAUCUUAAAGAAACAAAGAUAAAUCGUGUACAUAAAGGUUCAAUGAUUCUUUUACAUUCAAUCGUUGAUCCAUUUAUAACGCCAAGAUCUAUUCAAUCUAUAGUUGAAGAUGCCAAUGGAAAUGUUAUACGUUUGGCAAUAUAUAAUUGGUAUACUAUAUUAGCUGAUCAAUCCAUGGAACAUAUACGAAAUCGAGUAAAACGUGAGAGACAUUUUAUUGUUGGAAACCCAUUUAUUAAAAUGGCUGCCGAUGGUUUAUUAAUGUUACGUGUAGAUAACCCAAGACUUGAAAUGUGGUUUACUGAUUAUGAAAAAGAGAUUGAGCAAAUGGAUGCAGAUAAAUUACGUGAUUUAGGUAACAAAUGUUUUCAUAAUAAUGAUAUUAAUGGUGCUAUUGAAUAUUACUCUCUUGGUUUGGAUAAAAGUCCCAAUGAUAAUCGUAUAUUAAGUAAUCGUGCUGAAUGUUAUUUACAAAGUCAACUACCUCAUCUAGCUCUUGCUGAUUGUGAACGUAUAUUUGCGAUAUGUAAGAAUAAUCCAGCUGAAGACAAAACUGAUAUAACAUUUACAUGGAAAAUACAUUAUCGAAAAUUACGUGCAUUAAUUGGUUUACAAUUAUAUGAUGAAGCUAAAUUAUCCAUACAUUCAUUAGUUGAAUGUGCACAAGAUGUUUCAUCAGGAUAUAAUGAAAUUAUUGAUCGUUUUCGACGUAUACUUGAUUCUGAUAUACCACGUUUAGAAAAUGAAGCAAAUGGAAAUUAUGAUAUGUUUGAUUUGAUGACAGGACGAACAAGACGAUCUGAUGAAUUUUGUGCAGAAUUUGAACGAGAAAAUGUUUAUGAAUUUCGACAAUGUGAAAAACCGGAAAAAGGUUAUGGUAUAUUUGCUUUAUGUCCUUUAAAACCGGGUACGUUAUUAUUAGUCGAACAACCGUUUGCAUUUGUUCAUUCGAAAUCGAAUGAAGAACUUGUCGAUAGUCAAUCACAUUUAGUUACUUUUUCUUUAACACAAAAACGUGAACAUCGAAAUACAGAUGAAGAUGGAACAAGUGCCGGUAAAUAUCUUCGACAAUCAGUUCUCGAACUUUUAAGACAAUUUGAAACACGUAUACUAGUGGAUCAUAAAAAAUUCAUCGAAAAAUUGUCUCAUUUAACACCAUUACGUCAACAACCAUUAAGAAAAAAGUCUGAUGAUGAAGAUUAUUAUCUUCUUCCAUAUAAAGUUUUAAUAGAACUUUUUGAACGAAAUGUUAUUGGUAGUGGUUUAUGGCCAAAAUUAGCUCGAUUUAAUCAUUCAUGUUUACCAAAUUGUUUUUAUAUUAUCAUUAAUCAUUUAUGUUUUCUUAGUGUUCUUAAACCUAUUGAAACUGGUGAAGAAAUGACAAUAUGUUAUUUACCAUCAGUUUAUAGUUCUUAUAUCGAUCGAACACUUCGUUUACGUGAAUAUUAUAUUGAUGAAUGCACAUGUAAAUUAUGCGAUUAUGAUAAAAAUAUUGGUCAAGCUGAAAUGCAACAAAUAAAUCGACAAUUUGAAGAAAGUGAAGAAGAUGAAGAAAAACGUCGUUAUUUAUUUAAAAAUUUAAUAUAUCAAUAUAGUGCAGAUCGUCCCUUAGGUUUUGUUGAACAAAUGAGUCGAUUAAAACGAACUGUUAAAAUGGAUAUAUUUAUUAAACAAGUUAUACAUGGUUAUCUUGCAUAUCCGUACAUAUUAAAUUACAUAUUAUCACAUAUACAUAAAUAUGACAAACUGCAAUGUGUAAUUAAUGAAUUACAAAAAGAAUUUGCUUAUAUCAAUUGGACUGUUGAUAAUAAUGAUAAUCAAAUAAAACGAUUUAGAGAUAUUCUUCAAUUAUUUAUUAAUUUUAUUCAAGAUUAA